AUGUGCCUUGCUAAAGAACGAGAUGUCGACAUGGUACUCCUUGCAGGAGACUUGUUUCACGAGAAUAAGCCGUCCCGAAAGUCUAUGUACCAGGUGAUGAGGUCUCUGCGCAUGAAUUGCCUUGGAGAUAAGCCAUGCGAGCUGGAGAUGCUCAGUGAUGCCAGCGAGAAUUUUCAAGGAGCUUUCAAUCAUGUCAACUACGAGGAUCUGGAUAUUAACGUGGCCAUUCCCGUUUUUUCCAUACAUGGGAAUCACGACGAUCCAUCUGGUGAAGGUCACCUGGCUGCCCUCGAUUUGCUGCAGGUAUCAGGCCUGAUAAAUUACUAUGGCCGCACUCCUGAAUCUGAUAAUAUCCAAAUCAAGCCUGUUCUACUGCAAAAGGGACGUACGAAGCUAGCACUGUUUGGGAUGAGUAAUGUACGAGAUGAGAGGUUAUUUCGCACGUUCAGAGAUGGCAAAGUCAAGUUCUUUCGACCAUCGAUGCAGCAGGAAGACUGGUUCAAUCUUAUGAGCGUGCACCAGAACCACCAUGCACAUACUGAGACAGGUUAUCUGCCGGAGUCAUUCUUGCCAGAUUUUCUUGACUUGGUUAUCUGGGGCCAUGAGCACGAAUGCCUGAUACACCCUCGAUUAAACCCGGAGACAAAUUUCCAUGUCAUACAGCCAGGCUCUUCAGUAGCAACGUCCCUGGUUCCUGGUGAAGCCGUAAAGAAACAUGUCACCAUACUAAGCAUAACUGGGCGUGAAUUUAAGUCGGAGCCCAUUUUACUAAAGUCCGUUCGGCCAUUUGUUACCAGAGAAGUUGUUCUGAGCGAUGAAAGAGAGAUGCAAAAGCUUUCUAGGAAGGAAGAUACCCGGACUGAGACGACACGCUUUUUGAUGGGUAUUGUCGAGGAGAUGGUUGAAGAAGCCAGGAACGAGUGGCUACAGCAGCGAGAAGCCGCUAGUGAUGAUGAUGACGACGAGGUUGAGCCCCCUCUACCACUCGUACGGUUGAAAGUCGAGACAUCGAGACCUGGAGGAGGAAAUUUCGAUUGUGAAAACCCACAGCGUUUCUCGAACAGGUUUGUUGGCAAAGUUGCCAAUGUUAAUGAUGUUGUGCAAUUUCAUCGCAAGAAGAAAGGUACGGCUCUUACACAUGGCAAAUCCGACGCACCAGAUGAAUCGGCUGUGUCCCAUCUCGUGGCACUUGAUGCGAUAAAGGUGGAACAGCUGGUUCGAGAGUUCCUUACGGCACAGUCGUUGACAAUUCUGCCUCAAAAUUCGUUCGGAGAUGCCGUAUCCCAAUUCGUUGAUAAGGACGACAAGUAUGCUAUGGAGAUGUUUGUCAAUGACUCGUUGGAAAGCCAGAUUAAGCAUCUGAUGAAUCUAGACCGUGACCAGGAUGGAAUCGAUCAGGAUGACUAUGAACGUGAGGAGAUUAUCCAGGCUGCCAUGGAUAAAUAUCGCGAACAGCUUGAAGAGCUAUUUGCUAAAGGCAAAGGUAGGAGAACAGGCGGGAAGAAGCGGUUCAAGCCUAAACCCGAUGGCUGGGAUACGGAAUUUGAUGGUGUGUGGGAGGAUCAACCUGGUGCGCUGAUACAUUCUGAUUAUGAAGAUGGCCGCAACAAUGAUGAUGAUGAUGGAGAGGAAGAAGCCCCUGCCAGAGCCACGACUACGAGUAGAAGACGGGGCGCAUCCACUGCUGCUGCGUCAACAUCAACUCGUGGUAGAGGUAGAGGUGCCAGUCGAGCUGCGGCGAAGACCACUACAACAAGGGCACGGGGUAAAGCAAAAACUACCGCUCCACCAGCCCGGGGAUCUAGAAAAGAUGUCUUGGACGAUGACGAUGAAGAUGAUGAGGAAGCUUUCCUGGAAGCGAUGCCAGGCGACGAUGAACCCGUGGUAUUGGAUGACAUCCCUGAAAACAUCGACGACGAUGAGGAUCUAUUCGUCCAGCAGCCAGCACCAAGAUCUCGCGGGAGAGCGGCACCAACCACGACAACCAGUAGAUCCAAGGCGGCGUCUACUCGCAAACCAGCCGGACGGACAACAGCGGCCAGCAAGAAAGUCCAGGGUACACUGAACUUCGGUCGGUCUCAGCCCAGCCAGAGCCAAACUCUAGGCGGCACCAGUGUCAGUGGCUCAAGUACGAGACCCACGCGAGCUGCCGCCACAAGAGCAGCUCGCAGCGUCAGCGUGAUGAGCGAUGGAGUUGAAUAUGAUGAUGACGAAGAUGCGUUUGAUCCAGCGCCCAUUGUCAGUAGUGGGCGUAGUUCAAGGAGAAGAUGA